AAUUCUGCAAGUAGUUCUGAUUUACUAUCGCUGUUCUCUAGCUGGUCUAAAACCGCUUUUGACCUAAAGGGACGCUUUUUGGACGCUAUGGACGUUUCUCAGUUUCCAGGCAAUAAGAACAGUAAAAAUGCAGGCAGGGCACAGGACAAAGCACUAGGGACAAAAUGUAUGUGAAAUGGUUUGAUACAUGAAUGUCACUUUUUGUCAUUUUUGAAUUUCCCGCCGUUCCGUCCCCGUACGUCCCAACGCUCGCAGGGGAUGGAACCCUGAUGACAGAUGCUGGCAUCCGCCGGAUUUCAUUGCCGGGGACUCUGCAGGAGGGACAU